UUUGGCGCAAUUUUGUCAAUAAAUAGUUGUUUGAAAUAAUCAUUAAUUUUCUAUUACUUUGCAAACAAUAAUACAUUUGUUUUGCCAUCAAUUGAUCCAUUGAUUGAAUAGACUUUUGAUGAUUAUUGAGACCACAAGAGUUUGGAUCAGUCAUCACCAGAGAAGCUAUGCCUAUAAGCCAGAAGACCGUCCAAAAGAUACAGGCGUUGACAUCACUCAUCAGUUGUCCGCUUUGUGGCAAAACUGACCGCAAACUCGAAUCACUGUCCAGUUGUGGCCACUAUUUGUGUGCCAAAUGUGUGGACACGUAUGUGAUUAGCGCCGACAACAAGUGUCCAAAAUGUUACGCUAUUAACUACCGAAGCGAUUGUAAAGAGGAUCAAACCAUGACUUCUCUACUUAAGAUUGCCAACAGAAUCAUUAAAGUGAUUGAAAUCCGACAAAUUGAAGGAAAAUCUGUGGCCAAACAAGAAAUGAAAAUAAAUAAAGAUAAUGAAAGUCAAAAACAAAGAGUAAUCGAUAGUCUCAAAUUGUGUAUCAAAAGCAAAGAAUCGGAUAAAAUUGAAUCGAAAACUUCUUCUUCAUCGACGACAGAAGUGAAGAUUGCCGACAAUAAGCCUAAACCAAAAUCUGUGACCACUUCGAAACCCGAGACAAUGACCACUACUUCUGUGAAGAACAAAACAGUUGAAGCGUUAAAAAAGUCAUUUGAAUACGUUUCAGACGAUGAGUCCAUUGAUUCUAUUCCCGACUCAUUUGAUGACACAGUUGUUACAAAUCGAAAGUCAUUCUCAAAAGAUAAUGUCGACGACGAUAAUACAGAAGUGCUUUCAAUGGUUCUUAAGGGACUCGAAGCAAGCAGUUCCAGUCCGGACGACAUUUCCAACAACUUUGGAACGAUAAAUGAAGACCAAAUGAAAGUAAAGUCAAGCGAAAAGGUCAAAGUUUAUGAUUCAAAAAGCUGUCAAUCAGAACAAGAAAUGUCACACAAAGAAAUACAAACCAACAAACAUGUGCUCAGAUCAGUGUCGACACAAUACGAAACACCGAAGAAAAACGUUAAGUCAAUGGCAACACAGUAUGAAGUAAUGAAUAAUGUAUUUAAAUCAGUCUCCACUCAAUCUGAAGUCAUGCAAACAGAGGAACAGUCUGUUCAAACUAUUGAAGUUGUGGUCAACAAUAAUCAUACAAACAAUAGCCAUAUUGUCGAUAACAAUGACAACAGAAAUUGCGAAUCAAAUAAUUGCUGUUUUCAUGAGUUCAUCAAUAGUUGUGGCUGUCAUUCAUUGAAGACUUUUCUUAAACAAUUAGUCGAGUUUUCCAAUAAUAAAUCAACAGAUGAUAAAAAAGGUAUUAUUAAAGUUGAUAAUAAUAAUAUUCAACAAACAACAAGUGAAUCCACAAAUCUAAAGACAACAACAAUUACUGAAGAAGUAGUUUCCAAUGUUAUCAAUGCUGAACAAAAGGAAAACAAUGGUUUGAAUAAUAAGAGGACAACACGUAAUCGGAGCAAAGCUGUUGGUAUUACUAAAAAAAUAGAUUCUAAGAGAUCGCUGAGUGAUACAAAUGAUGCAAAUAGCAAAAAACUAAAGACUAAUGAAACGGUUGACAUUAUAAGCACAGGCGAAUCAAAUGAAGAUACAGAACAAAUCAAAGAAUUAGAAAAAGAUAAAGAAAUGAAUGUUGAAAUCGAAGAAGUCGUCUCUUCAACAACAUCUAAGAAACAACAAAACAGGAGUUCAGGUCGAAAACAAAACAAACCGAAGCCGACAACCAAAGAGGUUAUUGAUGACAAUGAAGUAAAUAUUGUUGAUAAAGAAGUUACAAGUGAUGCAAACGAUAAUAAUAUUACCAAACGUGUGGCAAACAAAAAUCGAAAGACUCGUAAAGAUACUGUUAUUUGUAAUAUUAAUAAUAAUAAAAUAGAGACAAAUAAGGAAUCGGUUUCUGUUUCGGAUAACAAUAACAAGGAUGAUAUCAAUGAAGAUGUUUUCAAUUUUGAUAAUCAAAAUGAUGGCACAAAUGAAGAGUCGGUCAAAUUGAAAGCCAAACCAUCGGCAAAAAGAAAUAAUAGAAAUAAACAAUUGAGAGAAGAAACGAUUGCAACUUCUGAAGUGAAAACAAAAAAUUCGAGAAAAAGAAUUUUAAUUGAUAGCGAUUUGUCGUCUUUGACUAACAGUAAAACUAUUCCUAUUGUUUUGAUGGAUAAAUUAAAGGUCACGAAAACAACAAAAACAAAGAGUCCGGAUAAUGAUAAUACAUUCAAACGUCCGGCUUCUCCCACACCUUCAGAGAUAUCUGUUGCUUCGUCGACAUCUUCUCGACACAGAACGUCAUCAUCUGAACGGUCUAACAAAAAGUUUGUUAUUAUAUCGUCCGGUUUAGACGAUUCACAGCGCAAAAAGAUUCAAACUAUUUGCCAUCGUUUGGACGCUGAAGUAGUGGAUGACUGGACCGAUAGAGUGACUCAUUUGGUUAUUAUAAAGGCCAGCGAUAGAGACGUGAAAGAUAUGAUAUGUCCUCGAAAUGCUAAAUAUAUGAAAGCAUUGUUGGCAAACAAAUGGAUUGUAACAUUCAAUUGGAUCGUUGACUCGGAUAAGUUCAAUAGAUUUGUCGACGAAAGUAAUUACGAAAUAAGUGCCGACAGAUCGGCUACUGAGCAAAGAGUGGCUAACAAAUCGCGAAUCAGUGGACAGAAGUUGUUCGCCAAACAAAUGUUUUUAUUUAAAGAUCUCAAAGAGACUUCAUUUUUUGAAGAGUUGAAACAAUUCAUAUCAAUAGGCGGUGGAACUAUUGUCGACUCAGAUGACCAGUUUGAACGAAAUAAACGUAAAACUGACGCAAAUAAGUUGAUUGUUAUCAGUGAAGCCAUUGGAUUACCCAAUACACAAAAGAGUGGUAUUAAAUACAUAUCGAAAAAGACAUUUAUGGACUCGAUAUCCAAUUUUACUCAAAUUUAAACAAAUUAAUUGCAAAAAUUAAAAUCAUACGUCUAAUUGUAAUUUUC